GCCAACAUUGACAAUCAUACGGAUAGGCUUGUCCAAAGCUUGGUACGACGCAAAUUUCACGACUGCACCCUGAUCACAGUGGCACACCGACUCCAGACAAUCAUCGACUUCGACAGAAUUUUGGUCAUUUAUGGUGCGUGUGGGAGAAUGUACUACUUCUAAUUUCUGCUUUACAGAGUCCUGAUUCAGUGAAGAUGCAGAUGACUCGUAUUGAUGGGACUGCAAGGCGAUAGGAAUAGGUUGUUUUCGAGGAGGAAUAGUAAGACCAGUCUAUUACAACUUGAGUGAUACUAUAGACCCCUUCUUCUAACUCCUGUCCCACGGCAGAGUCGCAGAGGAUGGAGUACCAUGGGAACUGAUGCAGAACCCGUCAUCGCAUUUAAAUCACAUGCUAGAAAGCAAUGGACCGGAGACAGCUACUGCAUUGCGGCGUACAGCGCAAUUGGCUGCAGCGAAGAACAGUGCCACAACAGAGGAAGCCGAAGUUGAUCAUAUUAGCGUAAUAAAGUCACCGAUCAGCACAUAUUCAUUUGACACUGAAAAAAUUGUAACACCAUGACGAUAGAGCAAACUACUAGGGCAUUAUGGCUUGGAAAAACUGUGCACUACACCUAUAAAAGGAUCUUCUUUUUUUGGAGGAGCACUCACAUCUGACAGAAAGCUCUGCUCUUCUUCAUUGAAAUUCAAAAAAAAUGAAACGGCC